AUGCCGCCCAAGCCUUCGAGAGCGCAGCCGCGGAAGAAGCGACAGCGCGUCAAAGAGGAGGCCCUGGAAGCCACUGUCGUGGUUGGAACGUACGACGGUGGACUGCUGGGGUUCGGCUUGAAAGAUGGAGCUCAGACCUUUGGCUACGCGCCCCACAUUGGCUGCAUCAAAGCAGUGCACUGUAACAAGGAAGGCAAGCUUGCAUCGGGUGCCACGGAUAACGCCGUCCGACUCUUCGAUUUGGCCAAGAGGGUCGAGCUCGGAGAGCUUCAGGAACAUCAGGACUCGGUGUCGGCCUUGCAGUUUUGGAAAGGAACGCUGAUCACAGCCAGCAGCGAUGGGCAGGUUUGUAUCUGGCGCGGUGGGGAUUUCGAGCUCCUCCUCAAGUUCCAAGGCCACAAGGCUGCAGUCACCAGCUUGGCAGUGCAUCCGUCUGGACGCAUGGUCGCAAGUGCUGGUCGUGACAAACGAGUACAGCUUUGGGAUCUAACGCGUGGCACCUCGGCUGCCCACCUCACCAUCAAGGAUGUCGCAGAGGCCCUGGAAUGGUCUCCAUGCGGUGAGAGCAUUGCUGUUCUGAGCGCCCGCGAGCUCAUGGCCGUACAGGUGAAAACCUCUGCAACAGCCUCUUUGAAGGACCCAUCGUCAGAAGGCUUUGUUCGAAUCAACUUCACGUCCAUGGUGUGGCUGUCUUCGAAAAUGCUGGCGCUUGGCGACGCUAAGGGCGAAGUCCGGAUCCUUUCCCACAGCAGCGAUGAGCUGACGCAGGCUUGCACGCUGCCGAAGGAAUCUGCGGCGCAAUCCACCAGGGUUAAAGCUCUGGCUGCAUGCGCCGGCCGCUUACUGGUAGGACUGAGCAGUGGUGAAGUGGAGGUGUGGCUGAUGCCGGAGAAGUUUGGGCCGAAGGCACUGCCAGUGCCAACCGACUUCAACAAGCUGCGCGUGGUCGAGACAAAGAGCCGGCUGACGUGCCUCGUUGUUUGGGCUCCCGAGGACCAGGCGACGAGCAGUGGCGAAGGUAAGAUCCGAAGAAAAGAAUGA